CAACUUUCAAGGUAACUUAUUUUUUUCCAGACUGCCUGCAAAAUGUUGCGUCUAACAAUCUGCCUGUUAGUGGCCAAAACGGCAUUCGCUUUAAAUGCGUUCCCGAUUGAUAAUACAGGCUAUCACCCAGUUGGACCAGACACCAACCUGGUGUUCAACUUCCAACAAAUAAGACGGGACCAGCCCGCACAAAUCGAGUUGAGGGAAGAAAACAUUCACAAGUACAUGAACAGACCCACAACGACCACUCCUACCCCUAUCGAUAAUGGAGACAUGAGCCCAAUGCGGGCGGAAAAUCCUACUCCGUACACUGCGGAGCAAUGGGAUGCGGUGCUAAAAGCCCCCAAAUAUGACGGCCCAGUAGCAAACUGGAAGAGCGUGCCCGCCCCUCCUACCUUCCCUCAUUGGGACAACUUGGCAAGCAACCAAAACAAUUACGAACACCACAGGCAGCCGAUCGUGGUCACAGAGGAGCCGGCCCAAUGGCAGGAACCUGAGAUUCGAGGCCGUGCUGUGUCAAGCUUUUCUUCGACAUUUGAGCCGGUGACCUCUGCGCCGGUGACCUUUGCACCAAGGGCUGCCGUGCGACACAGCCCUAGAGGGAACCACAGAUUCAACUGGAACGAUGGGACCACUCAAGCCCCAACCACGACGCCCAUCAACGUUCCAACGGCAGCCCCCAGUCGCAUGCCGCCCCCACCUGUGCCCACCCUGUCCCCGUGGUAUGAUGGUUUCUAA